GUAAACUCUUAAUAGCCCUCUUGGAGCUUUCGGAACAAUGACACACUUAAGAUUCAACAAUUUUGUUGUCUUUCCAGUGAUAAUUGUGAAAACAUCACCCUAACUACAUCAAUUGAGAUAUACAAGAUGUCUGACAAAAUCACCCUGGUCGUCGGCGCCUCACGUGGAAUCGGCCACGAACUCGUUCACCAGCUCAGUCAGAACCCGCAGAACAAGGUAUACGCCACGGUCCGACAACCCAUCCCCUUCCCCUCCUCGAACGUUAAAUCAAUAACCCUCGACCAACGCUCCAACACAUCCAUCGCCGCCGCCGCAUCCCAAAUCCCCGAACUCGACACACUCAUCAUCAACGCUGCCAUUGGCAAGGACGAGAAACUUCUAGAUACGACUGAUACCCGGCUCGCCGAGUACUUUGACGUCAACGCAAUCGGGGCAUUGAGGAUCGUGCAAGCCUUUCUUCCAGCACUGAAGGCUCGCAAGACGAGGAAAAUCCUACUAAUCAGUUCCCAGUCGGGGUCAAUGGCACGGCAGAUAAAUGCAACGGGCGGCUUCCGCGGGCCGUAUGCUGUGUCUAAGGCGGCAUUGAAUAUGAUUGCGGUGCAGCUGCAUAAUGAACUUCAUGAAGAAGGGUUUACUGUGGUGCCGCUACAUCCGGGCUGGGUUGCAACCGAUAUGGGGAAUGAGGCCGGUUCAGGCGCUAUGCCGAUUCCAAAAUCUGUGGAGGGGAUUUUGCAUGUGCUUGAGAAGGUGACGCUUGAGGACUCGGCUAAGUUCUAUCUUUGGGACGGGGCUAUUCUUCCCUGGUAGGUAUUACAUGUAUUCAACAUUCUUCUUAAGUAACAUAAACAAUACAUGCGCAAGGAUUCAGCUAGAAAGAAAAAGACCCACCUGUUAUUCAAACAUAUCAGCAUUACGAACUGAUUGAAUCAAUUGAUG